UCAACGCGUUCGCGCCACAAAAAGCGUUCGGCAAGCGAAUUUCGAAAUAUUUAAAAAUAUCACUCAUACGCACGGGAGAGCGAGUGUAUUAAAACGAGAGUGAGAGUGCACUGAUAUUCACCAAAUAAAUUAAUAGAAACCAAGUUUUGUUUAUCCAAUUCGAAACGGAGAAAGUGUUUAAAUAUUACCUCCUGUAGUAUAUAAUCAAGUGAAAUCGCCUGCCAGCAGCGCAUUAAUUUAUAAAUAAAUAUAUUAAAUAUAUUCUGGCGUGUGUGAGUGAGUAGCAUCGAUAAAAAGCUCCCCGAAUAAUUUUUUUUUGGGAAGCGAAACGUCCAAAUUAUCUCCGCCGAAAACCGAGGAAGCCAAAGAACUCUCAGCCACAGAAAAAAAAAUAAAACAACAAAUCGAAUCGUAGAUCAUUCCAUUCCAAUUUAAUUAACCCCAUCGCGCCGACAAUCCCUUGGCAUUGAUUGUUGACAUUCUCGCCGCCAAGAUAUGCAAAUGGGAAUAUGCGAAUAUCUUGCACACCCACGAGUUGUAAAUUAAAUUCCCAAGCUUAAAGUGUCGACGACGCCGGCUGUAAGCCAGGACAAAGGACACCGUCAUCAGGUGCUCGUGACCCCUGGCCCGUGACCAAGAAGGCAGGUGGAAGAACAAUAAGCACCCGACCUGUGGCCGCAGAAUUGAUGUUCGUGCGAAAGUUUCCAGUCAGCUACCUAAAUGUUACGCCCACGAUUCGAGUAGGGUUAGACUUGCGGAUCGGGGAGGUGGGUCCCCAGUAGACCCCAGACCCAGACCCCUCGCCACCAUGAGUGGUGCAUCGGUUGCGAGGCUCCUGCUCCGCUUGGAGCUACCCUCGCCGGGAGUAAUGCCGCCACCGCCCACCGACUACGACUACGGAGGAGCCAUCAGCGAGGAUGAGUUCCUGGCCAGUGUGAUGGCCACCGAGGGGCCAACGGUUCGAUACGAUCUGUUCCCCGAAAACCACAGUCAACCCAACCUGCAGCUCGUCCUCAACCACACGGAGGUGCAAACGGAUCUGCAGUAUCCCCAUUACGACGAUUUGGGUCUGGAUCCUGAACCGAAUUGGACGCGAAUCUGCGAAGAUGUAUACAAUCCACUACUGGAAAACAAUCGAAUUGAGUUCUGGGUCUGUGGCGUGCUGAUAAAUAUCGUUGGUGUCCUCGGCAUCCUGGGCAACAUAAUCUCCAUGAUAAUCCUCUCCCGACCCCAGAUGAGAUCGAGUAUCAACUAUCUACUCACUGGCCUGGCCCGCUGCGAUACCGUACUUAUCAUCACCUCAAUAUUGCUCUUCGGAAUACCCUCUAUAUAUCCGUAUACGGGUCAUCUCUUUGGCUACUACAACUACGUUUAUCCGUUUAUAUCGCCGGCGGUAUUUCCCAUAGGCAUGAUAGCCCAGACAGCUAGUAUAUAUAUGACAUUUACUGUGACGCUGGAAAGAUAUGUGGCCGUUUGCCAUCCCUUAAAAGCGAGGGCGCUCUGUACUUACGGUAGAGCCAAAAUAUACUUUAUAGUAUGCGUCUGCUUCUCCCUGGCCUAUAAUAUGCCUCGAUUUUGGGAGGUCCUGACUGUAACCUAUCCCGAACCCAGUAAAGAUGUAAUACUGCACUGUGUGAGACCCUCGAGAUUGCGGAGGUCGGAGGCCUAUAUCAAUAUAUACAUACACUGGUGUUACCUGAUCGUGAACUAUAUAAUACCCUUUCUCACCCUUGCCAUACUGAAUUGCCUGAUAUAUAGACAGGUGAAGAGGGCAAAUAGGGAGCGUCAGCGAUUAUCGAGAUCGGAGAAGAGGGAAAUUGGAUUGGCCACAAUGCUGCUAUGUGUGGUGAUAGUGUUCUUCAUGCUGAACUUUCUACCCUUGGUACUCAAUAUAUCGGAGGCCUUCUACAGCACCAUCGAUCACAAGAUCACGAAGAUCUCGAAUCUAUUGAUCACCAUCAACAGCAGCGUCAACUUCCUAAUAUACAUCAUCUUUGGCGAAAAGUUCAAGCGCAUUUUUUUACUCAUUUUUUUCAAGCGCCGCCUGAGUCGUGACCAACCGGAUCUUAUCCACUACGAGAGCUCCAUAUCGAACAACGGCGAUGGGACGCUGAACCACCGAUCCUCCGGCCGCUUCUCGAGGCACGGAACCCAGCGGAGCACCACCACCACCUAUCUGGUGGCCACCGGCGGGCCAGGCGGUGGGGGAUGCGUUGGUGGCGGUGGCAAUAAUUCCCUGAACAAUGUUCGCCUCACCCAGGUAUCGGGGUCACCCGGUCUGGUCAAGAUCAAGCGGAACCGAGCUCCGUCCCCUGGACCAGUGGUCUACUUUCCCGCCCGCGAGAUGCAGAGAUCCGCAUCGACCACUAAUUCAACCACCAAUAAUAAUACAUCUAUUGGUUACGACUGGACGCUGCCGGAUAGCAAGAAACUGGGACACGUCUCGUCCGGAUUUUAAGACUGUCUCCGGGUGAAUACGACGAGAGUGGGUCAAACGAAAGGGGUUACUCUAGUCCAGUAGUCUUGUAAAUACGAGUAGACAAAGAAUAGGGCUUAGCAAACAGCUGCGGUCAAAAUAAUAGCUUGAAUAAGAUAAUUUUAUAAAUUGGAAAAGCUAUCUUUGGCUUUAAUUUUUCCACGAUUUUUAAAUUAGUCAGGAAUUUUUACAGCUUAUUUAAAAAUAUUUUAAAAUUUAAGAAAAGUUUCCUACUGUAAAUUUUACUGAAAUCGUUUUAAUUUAAUGAACUUUUAAGUUUUUUUCAAAAAAUAUAGUGAGAACGGUUUUAUAUUAAUAUAUGAUCAAUAUAAGAAACUUCUAAUUUAAAUUGAUAUUUCAACAACCACAUAGGUACUUUUAUACCGAAAAAAUAUAUUUAUAACUGGAUUUUUAAAAAAAUUUCGAAUCUUUUCCGACAAUUUAGAAAAACGGUAAACCCACGUCCAAUAAAACGUUUUUAAAUAAUUACAGAGCCAAAAGUAAACUUAUUUAACUUCAAGUUAUAUACCUAAAAGAAUGCCAAUCCCUGAAGGUAGUGCUAGUAUUUUGACCGCAGUUGUAAUUACUAUAUAUUGAACUGUACAGAAGGCAUAAACUAAACGCUCCAAGCGUUGCGUUACUUUGUGAUAAGCGUUAAGUGUUUCCUUUCCCAAUUUCUCUACUACUCCUCCAAAACUUUACUCGUUGAUAUAGCUCUUAAGACAGUUAGAUUCGCCAACGAUCAGGCUGAAGAAAAUAGUUUCUUAGACUGAGAAUUUUAUAUUGUUUCCUCCUGACUUCAUCCUUUUUUAUUUCCCUGUUCAAUCAAUUGAAUUUGUAUCAAUUUCGCAGUAAAUUAGUCAUUGAAACUUUUUCGAACCCAAUAUCGUUUCACUUUCCAUUGGCCUUUGGUCAAAGUUUUGUUUAUUAGCGUAAACUUUGACUGCCUUUAAUUAAAUAUCCUUUACAAAGCAUUUCACGGCCGAACUUGAUGAAUGAUUUUCCUUUUCUUCGGCUGAUUUGGGUGUCCUGAACUUUUCGAUUUUCCUCACACUUUUCCGGAAACUGGGGUUCUUUGGGUCCAAAAAUAAGAGGGCCGGCAGUCUGUCAACUUGUCAGAAAGUUUUGAAAACGCCGCUCAAAGUUCAGUCAGCUCAAAAGUUUGCCAGCAUUAUUUAGUCGCCCCAAAAACUCAAGUAGCUCAAUUUAACAGCAAAUGCAACAAUAAUAAAAUAUAAAAGAAAAAGACAUUUUCAGGUGUUCACAACAGAAUUAUAUUUACUGCUCCUUGGCCCUCAAUAACAAGUAUAAUCCUCUCUAUUGUGUAAAUACAUUUAAGAGUUCUGUAAAUACCUAUAAGUUAGCAAGUAUGCAAAGCAUAAACGAAUACCAAAGAUAUGAAAUAUAGAUUUUAAUUGAGAUUACUGAAGUCCAGGAAAGGGGAUCAUAAGUUAUUGUUAAAUAAUGGUAAUGGGUGAUACAAAUUUGAAAAAUAUUUUAAAGAUAUAAAAAUAAGAAAUAUUUAUUUUAUCGUGUUCCGAAUUUAUUUUUUAUAUUUUUCCAACACAUUUUUUAUGUUUCCAAAUUUUUUUUAAUAUUUUGGUAAGUUUAAAAAAGCUUUACCCAACUAAAUAUUCUAAUCUAAAGUAAUGAUUCAUUCAGUAUCCCCUUUUCCUAAUUGAAAUAUACCCUAAUUUAUUUAGGACUAGCUUAGCUUUAAUAUUGUAUAGUCAUAGCAAAUACGUAAUCGAAACUAAUAUAAUAAAUUCAACGAUUGUGCAAAUAAAUGAUGA